AUGGCAGCUCUAGGUGAGGACUUGCUUGGGAUAGUCAAUAAGCUGCAGGACUUGGUCUUUAAUACUAUCGGCAAUGAUAGCUUAGAUCUGCCCCAGAUUGUCGUCGUAGGAUCGCAGUCCUCCGGAAAGUCUUCAGUGCUUGAGAAUAUAGUCGGUCGGGAUUUCCUGCCUCGAGGAAGCGGCAUCGUGACACGAAGACCUCUGAUUCUCCAGCUCAUCAACGUCCCUACCGAGGAUGAGGAUUCCCCAGAACCACACACGGGAGCUGCGGUAGCAGCACAGCCAGAAUGGGCAGAGUUCCAUCACAUCCCAAACCGAAGGUUUACAGAGUUUCAAGAUGUAAAGCGGGAAAUCGAGAACGAAACAGCUCGCAUAGCAGGAAACAAUAAGGGAAUCAACCGGUCGCCCAUAAACCUGAAAAUCUACUCGCCUCACGUUCUUAGUCUGACAUUGGUGGAUCUUCCUGGGCUUACGAAGGUCCCAAUCGGAGACCAACCUACAGAUAUCGAGAAACAGACCCGAAACCUUAUUUCCGAGUAUAUUGCCAAACCCAACAGUAUCAUUCUCGCUGUAUCGCCCGCGAAUGUAGAUAUUGUGAAUUCGGAAGCCUUGAAGCUCGCACGACAUGUCGAUCCGCUGGGCCGAAGGACAAUUGGAGUUUUGACCAAGAUUGAUCUUAUGGAUCAUGGAACCAACGCUCUGGACAUUUUAUCGGGUCGUGUGUAUCCUCUCAAGCUUGGGUUCAUUGGUGUUGUCAAUCGAUCGCAACAAGACAUUCAGGGAAACAAGUCUUUGGCAGAAGCACUGAAGUCGGAAUCCGAUUUUUUUAAGCAUCACCCAGCGUACCGCAACAUGGCGAAUAGAUGUGGUACUCAAUUUUUGGCAAAGAGCUUGAAUACCACUUUGAUGGCACACAUUAGGGAAAGGCUCCCCGACAUCAAAGCGCGCUUGAAUACCUUGAUGGGACAGACGCAACAGGAAUUGGCUAGCUAUGGAGAUAUGCACUUUAGUGGGAAAGAGCACCGAGGAUCUCUUGUUUUGCAGUUAAUGACCAGAUUCGCAACAUCAUUUAUUUCAUCUAUAGACGGUACAUCAACGGAAAUUUCUACCAAAGAACUCUGUGGUGGUGCCAGGAUCUACUACAUCUUCAACUCAGUAUUCGGAAAUUCUCUCGAAACCAUUGAUCCUACAACAAACCUCUCCGCUCUUGACAUCCGAACGGCAAUUCGAAAUUCUACUGGACCGCGACCAAGUCUUUUCGUUCCAGAACUUGCAUUUGACCUUCUGGUAAAGCCGCAAAUUAAACUCCUCGAGAUUCCCAGUCAGAGAUGUGUGGAGCUUGUGUACGAGGAAUUGAUCAAGAUUUGCCAUACAUGUGGCUCCACAGAGUUAUCACGAUUCCCUCGAUUACAGGCCAAACUGAUCGAGGUUGUAUCAGACCUCUUGCGCGAACGUUUAGGACCAGCUUCCAAUUACGUCGAAUCCUUGAUUUCUAUACAGCGCGCCUAUAUCAACACUAAUCACCCUAAUUUCCUUGGCGCGGCGGCAGCUAUGAGCAAUGUAGUAACAAACAAACAAGACAAGGAGAGAAAGAAGCUUCUUCAAGAUGAGCGCGAGAGGCGGGAAAGGCGGCGCAUGAAGGAAGUGGGCAGCAAUGGGUUAGACACACCAGAAGAAGAUGAGGAGAACGGAGUAGAGAAGGUAGAAAACUUAGCGGUCAGAAAGCAGCUGCACAAAGGAACUCGAAGCAUGUCACCUGCUGUCCGUGAAAACGGAGUUAGUGGAAUUACCUCAACAAUGAAUGGUUUGCGAAGCGGCGAACAGGGUGUUGGGGGUGCAAAAGAUUCGUUCUUGAACUUCUUUUUCAGCAAAGAAGGGGGCACUGGAGCAGUACAACAAGCACCUGUAACAAAUCCAAAUCUUGGAAGACAUGUUAGUCAGAGCUCGGAGCCAAGCUUUAGCCAAAGCAUACGGAGGCAAGAAGAGCGCACACAUAGAACACCGGCUCAGCAGUUGCGGGAAGACGACUAUGAGCUUGGAAGGGCACAGAGAGAUUAUGACUACAACUCGCCAUUUGGUAACAACAACGAGCCAGCACUCACAGAACGAGAAGCGAUGGAGACUGAGCUGAUCCGCGCAUUAAUCUCGUCUUACUUCAAUAUCGUCCGUGAAUCGAUUGCGGAUCAAGUGCCAAAAGCAGUAAUGCAUCUUUUAGUAAACCACUCCAAGGAUGCAGUUCAGAAUCGCCUAGUAAGCGAGUUGUACAAAGAUUCUCUCUUCGAAGAGCUAUUGUACGAGGACGAUGCUGUGAAGAACGAGCGCGAGAAGUGCGAAAAGCUUCUCAAGACGUACAGAGAAGCGGCAAAGAUUGUAGGAGAAGUUGGUAUAUAG